AUGGCAUCUUGAGGUACGACUCACAUUCGAAAGUAAUAUUGGUAUAAAUAACAUUGGAUAGGACAUUGUUAAAAAGUCAAUUGAUUCAGAACAUCUUCAUCUUUGUUCAAUUCGUUCUCAUUCAGUGAGAGCCUUAUCAUUGGAGAGGUUUCGGCAUCACGUUACCGAUAUAUCAUCACCGAUAUAUCAUCACCGACAAUACCAUCUCCUCUCAUCAUCUAGAACCUCAUUCAUCAUGGGUGAGCUCGCGGAAGAAACAAGCAAGCUCCAACUCGGCUCCACGCCGUUUGGCAAGCCAAUGUUGAAAGAAUUCCUCCACGACCCAGCUUAUCACAACAUGAACAAUGGCUCAUUCGGCACCAUUCCACGCCACAUUCAAAAAGUCCUCCGUUCCUACCAAGACGAAACCGAGGCCCGCCCAGAUCCCUUCAUCCGCUGGACCUACCACGACCACCUCCGCGAGUCCCGCAAAGCGGUAGCAGAAAUCAUAAAGACCCCUCUCGACAGCACCGUCUUCGUCCCCAACGCCACGACGGGCGUCAACACGGUCCUCCGCAACCUGUCCUGGGAGGCCGACGGCCUCGACGAGAUCCUCUACUUCUCCACAAUCUACGGCGGCUGCGCAAAGACGAUCGACUACAUCGUCGACACCCGCUACGGCCGCGUCUCGGAGCGCGGCAUCCCGUUGACGUACCCGAUGGAAGACGCCGACGUCGUAGCCCUCUUCCGCUCCGCCGUCGCGCAAUCCCGCGCCGAGGGAAAACGCCCCAAGAUCUGCCUGUUCGACGUCGUCACCAGCUUGCCGGGCAUCUGCUUCCCCUGGGUCGCCAUGACGGCCGCCUGCCGCGAGUUGGGGGUGAUGAGCCUCGUCGACGGCGCGCAGGGGAUCGGGAUGGUGCACCUCGACGUCGCGGCCGCCGAUCCGGACUUCUUCGUGUCCAACUGCCACAAGUGGCUGCACGUCCCGCGCGGGUGCGCCGUCUUCUACGUGCCGGAGCGGAAUCAGCACCUCGUGGCGUCGACGGUGCCGACGUCGCACGGGUACGUGCCGCGGUCCGGACAGGUUCGGUUUAAUCCGCUGCCGAAGAGCAAGGACUCGCAGUUUGUGACGAAUUUCGGGUUCAACGGGACGUUUGAUAAUAGCCCGAACAUGUGUGUCAAACACUCGAUCGAGUGGCGUAAGAGCCUUGGUGGAGAGGACAAGAUUCUGGAUUACCUCCAGACACUGGCCAAAAAUGGCGGCAAGAAGAUUGCUGCGAUCCUCGGGACGUUUAUCCUGGACAACAAGACGGAGACGUUGACAAAGUGCGCCAUGAUCAACGUUGCGUUGCCGAUGGUGAGCGGUCCUGAUGCAGAGUCUGUCUCGGUGGGUUCUGAUGGCACGGUCACCGUUCCCGAGGCUGAGUCCGGAGCUGUGGGCGCCUGGCUUGUAUCCAAGUUGAUGGGUGAGUACCAGACUUUCCUGCCUAUCUACAGGCACGAUGGUCGUUGGUGGGUCAGGGUGAGUGCGCAGAUUUUCCUCGACGAGUCCGACUUUGAGUGGACCGGCAAUAUGUUGAAGAGUCUGUGUGAGCGCGUGGGCAAACAAGAGUACAAUACGGAGGAAAGCAAAUAGAGUGUGAAGAGGCGCGGAGACGUUGAAGGAAAAAAACAAUGUUUUUAUAUCACAAUGCCAUUCAUUUACUAUGCCGGCUAGAGAGCUCAGAGGAUAUCUAAGCUAGAAUGAGGUUCACCAUGUAGUCCCGCAAAACAUCCCUUAGGUAGGGGAAUAUAAGACAAAAAAAGAUUUCUCUGUAGUCGAUCGUCUCAGAAGACGCCCAUGACCAUGGCGAUUAACACGGCUUGGAGGACGACCAUUAACCCUCCCUUGGCAGCCGUCAACCUCUGACUGCCGGACGUCG